AUGGCGGCCUGUGAGAAACCAGCACGCGAAAGGAAUAGUCCGUCCCAAUCUGAAUGCGAGGGAAGCACGUUAGAGAGAAAGAUUUCGAGAUGUAGAUUUAUCUACACUACCACCAACUACCGCAGUUCGGGUGCUCUGGCCCAUGUUCGUGAAGGUUGCAUCAUGAUGGUGGAUCAUCGAUCAGCGUUGGACGUUGAACUGUCGUCAUCUGACCUGCCUUUCGCCUCGAUGGCGCUGUCGACGACACCAGGUCCCCUACGAAUUGGAAAUCCAAGGUUUGGGUCAACUGCCAGGCAGCACAACAGCGGCUGCGCGCAUAAUGAUGAUGGAUGUCAAAUUGGAAUAGCGCUCCUUGUCUAUGAUGACACAACUAGGCGCGCGCCGUUCUCACCAUACGACAUUCAUGACGCCCUUGACAACUCCCAGUGCGAAAUCCUUCCUUCCCUCGGCCAUGCAAACUUUUACAAAACCCUCGACAAUGCGUACUGUCUGCUCUUGGAUCCCUGA